CGCUAUACUUUCCUCUCCAAGAUAUUUAUGUCAUUGUCUGUUAUCCUUGACAUGGGCCACUACGAAAAAGAUAAAUUUUGUUAUCUUUGUGGCGCCAGACCCUUGCUGCUGCUGCCCUGGCUGGGAUCUCAGCCUCAGGGCUUGGCCAAAUACUGUGACAUAUACCUGCGUAACGGCUUUGAUGUGCUCAUCGUGGAGAGCCGGGUCAGCCAGUUCCUUUGGCCGAAAUGGGGCCUUGACUAUGGCAUGAAGGUCCUGGAGGUGCUGCAGAGCGACAGGUUUGUGUGGCGCCCCCUGCUGGUGCAUGCUUUCUCAGUAGGGGGCUACACCUUCAGCCAGCUGCUGGUCCACAUCUGCAGAAAUCCCGGCCAGUAUGACGGCCUGAUUCGCAGGCUCCGAGGGCAGGUUUACGACAGCCUGGUGAUGGGUUCCCUGGAUCGCAUGACCGUAGGUCUGGGGAGGAAUUUGCUUCCCCAGGGUGAGAGCCUUGUGCUGGCGGCCAGCAUGCUGUACUUUCGAGCUUUCAAGAGACACACGGUGGAUUACUUUAACACCAACAUCGACAUCUUCUGGCACCGCCCCAUUCAGGCACCUGCUCUCUUCUUCUCCUCUGAGAAUGACCCAAUGUGUGACCAUCUCAAGAUGAAGGAGAUGAUUGAGGACUGGCGAAAGCAAGGCGUGAGGGUGGACUGCAAGGCGUGGAAGGACUCCACCCAUGCAGGACACCUGCGAGAUCACCCUCAGGAGUACCUCUCCACGCUUCAGGAGUUCAUACAUUCUCUCAGCAUGGUUCCCCUCAAAGCCAAAAUGUGAGACCACCUGCUGAAAAUACACACUGAACCUGCGUUUUUCCCUUCAGGUAGUAACUGAUAAGUACAGGGGAAACGAUGCUAAAAUGUUCUGUUUUGUCCUAAGGCCCAUAUUUUGUUUACACUCAAUAAAGAUACGCGAACAACUGGA